AACGUUCUUACGAGUUUUUGUGUUUUUUUUUAGGUUACAUACAAAAGAGAAGAUUAAAGAAUGGAAUGUAAAAACGGUGAGAGCCCUGACAAAUCUUACAUAGCACCAUUGACCUGCCUAACUUGUCGAGUCUUUUUUCCAUGCGAGAAUGGAAACGUGCAGAAAAUGAUGGAGACUCAGAAGUCUCACCAUCAAAGUGACUGGCAUCGGUUCAACUUGAACAGGAAAGUAGCCGGCCAGCCAGCUGUCUCACUCGAUGUCUUCAAUGAAAGACUGCUUCUCAAGAAAAAUGAGGCGACAGAAGAAAAGCCAACAUCGUGUUACUGUGCAGUUUGCAAGAAGAGGUUCUCAACUGCGAAGACGUUCGAGGAGCACAAGAGAUCCAACAAGCAUAUUCAGGCUGGCAAGUUGGCUUCCAAGUUAACUGAAGUUGGAAAAAUGACACAAAUAAAUGUGGAGAAAUCCAAAGUCUUUUCAGCUUCAACAGACAAGGAUGAUUUGGACGAAGACAUGGAGGAGGAAGAAGUGUCUGACGAAGAAUGGAACAGCGAGCCUCUCCCUGUGAACGCAUGUUUGUUCUGUUCAUGUGUGAACAAGGAUUUGGAUGAGAACAUUGAACACAUGAACCACAAACACAGCUUCUUCAUACCAGACAUUGAAUAUGUUUCUGAUUUGUGUGGGCUCAUGACGUAUUUAGGUGAAAAAGUAGGCAGUUUCCACGUGUGUCUGUGGUGCAACAAGACGCGGCGAUCUGGGGACGUGCGGGCCGUCCAACAGCACAUGAUGGACAAGGGGCAUAACAAGAUCUACUUCGAGAGUGAGGCUCUCAUUGAGUUUGCUGAUUUCUACGAUUACAGAAAAAGUUACCCAGACUUCAGAGGUGGCGAUGAUGAAGAUAACAAAGAUGAUGAUGAUGAUGGUGAUGAGAUGGUGGGCAGUUCGUCAGACUUGGACCUCAAUGACCACAACUUUCAACUGAAACUUCCAUCUGGCGCUAUCAUAGGUCACAGGCAGUUGUUGAGAUACUACAAACAGAAGUUGAGGCCUGGCAGACAGAUUGCCGUGCACAACAACUCCUCAUCCAUUGCAAAGGCCAUACUACAUUACAAAAAGCUGGGAUGGACCGGUACAACAGGUUCAGCAGCCCUUGCCAGAGCAAAGGAUAUCGCCUACGUGCACAAGUUUCAGUCCAAACAUUUCAUGAAACUUGGAAUCAAGUCAAACAAACUGCAGAGACAUUUCAGGGAUCAAAAUUUUGGCUUCUAAUUUAAUUGUUUUAAUUUAUCGUUCAUUGUUAAGUCAACUUCGAACAACUUUUUCACCAUAGUAUAAAUAAAAUGAAUCGUGUA